UCCGGAUUCGUUGCCUCACUGAUCCGUUCUCGCGAUGAACUGGAAAUGCGAAUCACACACUCACAGAUUGGUUCACUCAAAGAUCCAUUCAGUUGUCGAACGGGAAAUGCAAUUCACGACUCGUUCGUGAACGGGAAGUGACGUCAUUUUCUUCUUCGUUUUGUUUUACGCCGAGGUGGCACCAGCUUCAAUGGGCAUUACCGACACCUACUGGUUGAAGUCAUAUGAAUUGAAAAAAGAACGAAUCACUGUAUGAAGUGAUUCAUUCGUUCACUGUCGUUCACUGAAACGAUUCGUUCACUCACGAGCCAACACUAUUGUCAGCCUAUUUGGGAGCGUGACGAGAAUUACGGAGGAGGUACCGCUCGGACUGCUCCUCCAUCUGAUGUAGAUCCCCCACAUGCGACUAUUUGGACGCCUUUUAAAACCUUAACAGCGUGUGCAGGCCCUGCCAUGGUGAGGUGUGGCAGAAAUGACGGAUGUGGAGGCGACCUAUGAGGACUUCAUCGCCUCUCAACGGUCUGGCCGCAGGAACGCCAUCCACAACAUCCCAGCAGCCUCCGGGGAGCCUGCAGAUUUGUCGGAGAGCCUGGCACAGCUCAACAUCAACAAACCCGCUGGUGAAGGUGAAGAAGAUUCCAAGUCUUCUUCAUCAAAAGAAAACAGCCAAUGAGAAGGCAACGGGCCAGCGAAACCGAAGUUUCCUAACGACAGCCGUGAACGAACACAACUUGUGCUUAAUGGUGUUAAACAUAAAAGCCUCUCCCGCUGA